AUGGUGACCAUUGUGAAUCCCUUUAACAGCAAGGCUAUGUUAGAAUAUGGAUUCAUUGUGCACUUCCCCCUGGAAAAUGUGAUUGCCUCUAUCACCAUGUGCCUUCCUGCCUUUAUGGAAAUUCUCUUGAGCACUGAGGCGGCAGCCCCGGAGCGGGUCCGUGACGCUCGCGUCUCGCCCCGCCAGAGAAACGUGAAGCGCAACGGGAGCAGGAGCUGCCUGAGCCGGAGCCGCGUCGGCUCCCGCGAGAGGGACUGGCUCAAGGAGGAGGCCGGACGGGGCUGCGUGUUCGUCUACGGGGGCGACCCCGCGGCCGCCGGCGCCGACCUGCGCCUGGUGCUGUGCUCGGUGGACACGCCAGUGUCUGAGAUAUGCGAUGGAGAAGAGCGGGAGAGCCUCUUCCUGCAGCUGCACGGGGACCUGGUGAGGAGACUGGAACCCACGGAAAAGCCUCUUCAGAUUGUGUAUGACUACUUGGCUGGUUUGGGCUUUGAGGAUCCUGCUAGAAUGCAGGAAGAAGCAGCAAACUCUGAUCUCAGCUGUAUGAUUCGCUUUUACAGUGAAAAGCCAUGCCAAGUGGAACAGUUAGAUCGCAUCCUGCUCUCUGGUGUCUAUAAUGUACGCAAAGGCAAGACCCAGCUGCACAAAUGGGCAGAACGUUUGGUAAUUCUCUGUGGUACCUGCCUCAUUGUGUCCUCUGUGAAAGACAGUCAUACAGGAAAGAUGCACAUCUUGCCUCUUGUUGGAGGAAAGGUGGAAGAGAUGAAACGUCGUCAGUAUACGCUUGCUUUUACAUCUGCUGGAGCCCAAGCACAAACAUACCAUAUUUCCUUUGAAACACUGGCAGAAUGUCAGCGGUGGCACCGACAGGCAUCCACAGUUGCAUCUCUACGACUUAGCAUGGUUGACCUAUCAUGCUACAGCCUUGAGGAAGUACCCGAGCAUCUCUUCUACAGUCAGGACGUUACCUACCUCAACCUACGACACAAUUUUAUGAGAUCAACUGGAGCAGGGAGUCUUGACUCUCUUUGCAGGUUUUCUCAGUUGAAGAGCCUGAACCUGUCUCAUAACAGACUGGGAGAGUUUCCUGUAUCACUGUGUGAGAUCUCUACUCUGACAGAGCUCAAUAUUUCCUGUAAUGGACUUCAUCACUUGCCAAGCCAGAUUGGCAAACUGUUGAAUCUUCAGACGUUCUUACUUGAUGGGAAUUUUCUCACAUCCUUACCAGAAGAGCUGGGAAGUCUGCAGCAGCUUAGUUGCCUUGGGCUUUCCUUCAAUAACUUCUGUGAUCUGCCAGCAAUUUGCGAGAAACUUGUUCUCUUGGACAAGUUAGCGCUGGCAGGGAACUUGCUGGAGACCCUGGAUCUUGCAAUGCUGAACCGUAUGAGCCACAUCAAAAGUGUAGAUCUGAGGCUAAACAACCUGAAGAGAGCAGCAGUUGACAGCCUGGAGGGGAAUAAAUCUGUGACCUACAUGGAUUUACGAGACAAUCAUUUGACAGAUCUGGAUCUGAGCUCCUUGUGCAGCCUGGAGCAGCUGCACUGUGAACGGAAUAAGCUCAAAGAGUUGAUGCUGUGUGGUUUUUCCCUUCGGGCCCUCUAUGCCAACAGCAACCGUCUGACAACUGUCAGUGUUUAUCCAGUUCCUGGUCAACUGACGUGUCUGGAACUGUCCCGCAAUCAGCUGCAGUGUGUCCCGGACUGGGUCUGUGAAGCAAAGAAACUGGAGGUUUUGGAUGUGAGCUCUAACCUCCUCACAGAGCUCCCGCCAAGGAUCCUCAGCAGCCUGAGCCUUCGGAAGUUGAUGGUGGGGCGCAAUCAUCUGCAGGCCCUUCCGCCUCUACAAGAACACAUUCCGCUGGAGGUGCUGGACCUUCAGCACAACCUGGUGACUAAACUCCCUGAGACACUCUUUCUUAAGGCUCUGAACCUCAGGUACCUGAAUGCAUCUGCAAACAGCCUGGAGUCCUUGCCCUCUGCGUGUACAGGGGAGGAGAGUCUGAGCAUGCUGCAGCUGCUUUACUUGACCAAUAAUAACCUCACAGAUCAAUGCAUCCCUGUCUUGACGGGACACCAGAACCUACGGAUCCUUCAUCUGGCAAACAACAAUCUACAGACCUUCCCUGCAAGCAAACUGAGUAAGCUGGAGUGCUUGGAAGAGCUGAAUCUCAGUGGCAACAAGCUGAAAACAAUUCCCACAACAGUGGCAAACUGCAAGCUACUUCAUACACUUAUUGCACACUCUAAUGAAAUCAGCAUCUUUCCAGAGAUCCUGCAUUUGCCACAUAUUCAGUCUGUAGACUUGAGCUGCAAUGAAUUAACUGAAAUCCUGAUUCCUGAGGCUCUGCCCAGUACCUUGCAAGAGUUGGACCUGACCGGAAACACAAAUCUGGUGCUAGAACACAAGACACUGGAUAUCUUCAGUCACAUAACCACGUUGAAGAUUGAUGCUAAGCCCUUCCUCACAGCAGACACAGGACUGACUUCUACCUUCUGGAGUCAUGGAGUAGCUGAGAUGGCAGGCCAAAGGAAUAAGCUAUGUGUGUCAUCCUUGGCCUUGGGGAGCUUUGCAGAGGGAGUGGAGGCUGUGUAUGGCAUGUUUGAUGGUGACAAGAAUGAGGAGUUGCCACGCUUGCUGCAGUGCACCAUGGCUGAUGUGCUCCUGGAGGAGGUACAGCAGUCAGACAUGAUGUUCAUGUCCAACACCUUCUUGGUCUCCCACAGGAAGCUGGGCAUGGCUGGGCAGAAACUGGGCUGCUCUGCUGUCCUUUGCUAUAUUCGUCAUGAUGUGGCAGAUCCAGCCAGCAACUUUUCUCUGACGGUGGCCAAUGUGGGGACGUGCCAAGCAGUUCUGUGCCGAAGUGGAAAACCACUGCCCCUCUCCAAGGUCUUCAGUCUUGAACAAUGUUCAGAAGAAGUCAGGAGAGUCAAGGAGCAAAAAGCCAUUAUAACAGAGGACAACAAGGUUAAUGGUGUGACUUGCUGUACUCGUAUGCUGGGCUGCACAUACCUGCAUCCCUGGAUCCUGCCCAAGCCACAUGUUAGUUCCAUCCCACUGACUGUACAAGAUGAGUUGCUGCUUCUGGGAAACAGAGCUCUCUGGGAAUACCUUUCCUACGCAGAGGCUGUCUCAGCUGUGCGCCAUCUACAUGACCCGCUAGCUGCUGCAAAGAAACUCUGCACUUUGGCCCAGAGCUAUGGUUGCCAAGACAAUGUAGGUGCAAUGGUGGUGUGCCUGAACAUUAGUGAGGACAGCUGCACCUGCGAGAUGCAGGGACUAACCCUGCCAGGUCCUGGGGGAUUUAGUUCAGCCACCACCAAACUAGCAACACCUUCCUCUAGCAGUGGAAUUGCUUCAGAGUUCAGCAGUGAACUGUCUGCUUCUGAAGUUAGCAGCGAGGUAGGUUCUACUGCUUCAGAUGAACACAGUGCUGCUGGUCUUGAGGGCAGCUUAUUGCCACGACAAGAGCGACGUUGCAGCCUGCAUCCUGUACUCCCUUCAAGCAUCUUUCAGCGCCAACCUUCCUGUGCCACCUUCUCUAGUAACCAGUCUGACAAUGGGCUGGAUAGUGAUGAUGAGCAGCCAGUGGAAGGUGUCAUGACAAAUGGCAGUAAAGUGGAGGUGGAAGUCGAUAUCCACUGUUGUAAAGGGAAGGGGCUGGAAUUUGAACCUCCUGCUGUAGAGUACAGCUCCUCUGCUGCGGUGCCAGAGGAUGAUUCUGAUGGACUUGUCCUCCUGAUUCAAAGCCAGAACAGUGUAAACAGCAACGGGGUGCAGACAGGAGUGAAGGAGAAGUGUGAACUGCAGAAAUCACCUUCCACGUGCUGUCUCUAUGGAAAGAAGCUCUCCAAUGGCUCCAUAGUGCCUUUGGAGGAGAGCCUUGACCUCAUUGAAGUAGCCACAGAGGCACCCAAGAAGAAAACUGGUUAUUUUGCUGCUCCAUCCCAGAUGGAGCCAGAGGAUCAGUUUGUGGUGCCACCUGAUCUGGAGGAGGAAGUGAAGGAACAAAUGAAGCAGCACCAGGAGAAUGGAGCAGAUCAGGGGCAGAAAGAGGAGCCUGCAGUGACUCUGCCAGAGGAGUUUGAUACCGCUUUGUAACCCUGCAAGUACUGCUCCCACACUGUCUGUCCCAGGAAGCCCUGUCCCAUAAGGGUGGAUCCUCCUCCAAGGAGGAGCUGGGAUCUGUAAGGAGUACAGGCAUCUGCUGCUUCCUUAGUGGGAGCAGAAGAAGAUUUGGGAGUGCUAAGGUCUGGGCUGUCAGCUUUUCACUGUGGAGCCUCAGCUGUUCUGAGCACGCAGAGCAGCAGCUGAGCUCUACUAGGGACUGCCUGGUAAUUGUGCGAGUGCUAGGAGGAAGACGGGUGUCCCACACCCGCCAGUAACUUCUUCCCCCUGAGGCUCUGCCAGCCCUGCAGAUGAGGAGCUGGCAUCUGUGUGGGGACAAGGGGGCUGCUAAAGUGCACGUGUAGCACUUGGAGUUACGUGAAUAUUUCUGGCCCAGCCCCAUGACAGCACCUGACUUUGUUCUUUCUUGAAAGAAUACAGCUAGUUGUGAUGAAGCUGACCCAAGAAUGGUUUCCUACAUGCAUUGCAAGCACUUUCAUUGAUUGCACUCAGGCUGUUCUCCUCCCCAUCAGCCCAGCACUUUAUUACUUAGGGCCUGGGGAGAGAGGGCUCCAGUGCCCCUGUCCAUAGCAGAUGUGGGGGGUAUUUUCCAGUGGGUGUUGUUAGGGCCCUGGAGGACUCAGGAUACCAGUGUUCUGCUGAUAAGCACUGGUGCAGGGAAGAGUGAGGAGUUGGAUGGUGUCAGCCUAGCCUGGAUGAGGAAGUACAGCUGGUUGUUAAGUGGAUGCCAGUGGACGCUUUACAUGGAGCAGAUGAGAGAUUGUGGUCUUGUUGAUUGAGGUGGUACUUACAGCUGCAAGGCUCAGACCCCUCUCAGCAGCUUGGCCACCCCCGUCGUGGAUUAGUCACAAUAGAGGAUUUCUCUUUCCAAAAGACAAAGGAUGAAACUAAGUGCUCAUGCUCAUUUUGAGCUACCCAUUCUAGAAGAAAUGCAGAUGUGAGCAGUGGUGUGCUGAUCUCAGGCUAGCAAGGAACUAGGCUGCCCCUCAUGGGCUGGAGGAGCAUAGUGGUCUGUUCCACCAACGUUCCUCUUCAGCCACGGCAUCACUGCUUACGUCUGAAAGCAGGAGUCAGUUUGCAAAACAAUAACCAUCUGCAUUUUGCGGUACAUGCCCAAAUUGGUCGCAUAUAAGGUGAGGGUAUACUUAUUUCUGCUUAGUUUUCACUGCAAAAGGAAAAAGUAGAUAUUGUUUUCACCUUGAGAACAUCUUUAUCAGCACUUUAUAAGCACAUCUUUAUCAACAAGAAGAUAUUUAAAAUGGUUUCACUGAUGGUGACCUGGCCAGUGUCCACUCAGCAGAUGCACUGUGAUGCCUUUAAGGUUUUGGACAUAGGACAUCAUUUUCAAAAGAGCAUUGUGAAGAGACAGCUGUUGUAGUGUGCAGGUGUCUGAGCUGGCAGAGCUGGACAGCAGCUGCCCCAGUCAUGUCAGUGGUGUAAUAAUCCUGACCAUAACAUGGGCUAGUGCCUUUUCUUUAUUAAUUAUAUUUAGGAAGAAAAACCUGAUUUUUUUUUUUCCCCUCAAGAGAUAUGAAGGAUUUGAGAUGUUUAUUUUGGAUGAAAUUCAGGCCUUGCUCAAAAAGAAAUACUAUGUAAACAGCUUGUUGGAUACUGACAGUAUAGAUUUUGCUGUGAAAUCUAACAGUUUUAUUCAGAUUUCAGAGCUCCUUGAAUUUAUUUUCAGUAGGGGGAAAAAAAAAUUAUUUUUACCAUGCAGAAAAGAACAAAUUUUUAGUAUAUACCUUCUGCUAGUCACCGUGUAAUCAUAAGACAACUCAUCCAAACUUUUUUUCAGAAUUUAAAUCCACUUGAGUUUCGAUUGCUUUUAAAUAUCCAUUUCAUUUGGAAACUGGGAAAAAGGUUUAUUCUUGGAAUCAUAACAGCAGCAGCACUUUGAAUCCUCAGGAAUCAACAUCAGAACAAGAUUUGAAGUCUAAAAAUAAAAUUUGAGAUUCUCUUUAUAUAAGUAUGCAGAAAAGACUCAUUCCAAUAUGUUUGAUAGUUUUAAUUCAUUCAUGGGUGAUAAAAUUAUCAAAAAAUCUCUGCCCACCCAUCAGUUUCUGAAACCUGACAGCAGGACUGACAAUUGGCUUCUCAUGAGUGUGAAGCUGUUGUAGAAAUGAGCUCCUUUUUCUUCAUGGGACUGAAAAACUUUGCACAGAGAAUGGCACAUGCUAAUGCAUAUGCAUUUUUCUUGCACUGACAUGGAAAACCCAAUAGAGCCGCCUUGCCAGUCUGACCCAGUAGCACUGCAGGAACUUUGUUGUGCAUGGCUCUGCUCUGUGCAGUGGGGAAAGGAUGGGAUUAAACCAAAUGCAAAGUUUCAUCUUGGAGCAUGCAAGAGGGCUGAGCUGCUGCUCCUCAUGGAAGUGGCAAAUGACUUGGCCUUUUCUCCAGUGCUGCUUAGGGGGUUGAAGGAGAGAGGAAGCUUAGUACAACCAGCUGCUAUUUUCUGUGAGUAUGAACUGGCAGGAAUUACUUAUUCUCUCAAGUACUAAGUAGAAUCCAUUGCUUCCUCUGGUUUCACUAUACUAACGUUAUGAAUCACUUCGCCGAUUCGGCAGCACAGUCUGAGCAUCCUCCCCACUGCCUUAUGUUUUCUCUGCUUCUCUAGAGGCAGGAGGCAUCUACCUUGUCUUCCUCAUCCAACCUAUUAACAUCACUUUAUAUUUCAAACACCUUAGGAGCACUGCUGUAUGUGGAACAGGUACAAGUGGGCAAGUCUACAGAUGGACUCGCAGAAGGGAAUAGAAGACGUUAACCCACUUCCCUUACUACUGUUCUUUUCCAGUCUCUUUUCCAAAUUGUAUAUGCAGUUGUUGCACAGAUUCAUAAUCUUUCCAGAACCGCAGCACUGAGACUGUCCCUUUCACUGAUUAUCAGGAUCAAUGAACUUAGUGCUGGAGAGGUAUCCUUACCCUGGGGCCGUCAGGCUCUCUUAUCCCAGCUGAGAGCAGCGCCAGGCCUGCAGCGUUCCAGGGCCACAGUCAGGUUGGGCUGUGGGUUAAAGUUCAUCCACCUCUUGGGUGGCUCUAUUCCUGCUGGUGAGCUUGGCCGCCAGGAACAGAUACUGUGGAGGCACUGACCGAUCUGCCCUGUCCUUUCCAGUAAGGCUUCAGCAAAAGGAAUAAAAACAGGAUAUAUUCAGUGAGGAAUGGUUGAUGAAGGAGUGGUAAGAAUAAGGGAUCGUUUCCAAAUUGCUCCCAGCGCAUGAAACGGCAGGUGGAGGCAGCGCAAUAGAUGCCUGGAAUUUCAUCGGACUCCUACUCCAACUAGAGAGGAGACUAAAAUUUCCAAGGCUGCAGCAAGUAUAUCCUUUUCUAGGGUAAAACAGCUUUGGGGCUGCAGUCCUAGUACACAGGAUACUCGGCCAUACUGAAGGCCCUUGGACUCGGGAGGUUCUGAAUUCUUUCUAGCUGUGAUGGCUUUCAUGUCACUUGCCAAAGGGCCCUCUACAGGCAGUAUGUUCACCUCUGGUUUUGUGCAGUCAUUGUCCGUUGUUCUCUUGUCAUCUGA